CGGGGCGGAGGGCGCGCUAUGGCGUACCCGGGACAGGGCUUCCCCGGCGCAGGACAGGGCCCCCCGGGCGGCCCCUACCCCGGGGCUCCCUACGGCGGGGGGCCACCCCCGGGGCCCUACGGACAGCCCCCCCCACCCGGGGGUCCCUACGGACCGCCCCCGCCUGGGGGUCCCUACGGGCAGCCCCCCCCCGGGGGUCCCUAUGGGCAGCCCCCCCCCGGGGGUCCCUACGGCGGCCCCUAUGGUGGCCCCCAGCCCGGGCCCUACGGAGGGGCGGCCCCAGGAGGCAAUGCCCCCCCAGGUGUGGACCCCGAGGCCUUCUCCUGGUUCCAGACGGUGGAUGUGGAUCACAGCGGGUUCAUCUCCGUGAAGGAGCUGAAGCAGGCGCUGGUCAACAACAACUGGUCGUCGUUCAACGAUGAGACCUGCCUGCUGAUGAUCAACAUGUUCGACAAGACGCGGUCGGGGCGCAUCGACGUGUACGGAUUCUCCGCCCUGCUCCGCUUCAUCCAGCAGUGGAAGAGCCUCUUCCAGCAGUAUGACAGGGACCAGUCAGGCUCCAUCAGCUUCACUGAGCUCCAGCAAGCUUUCUCCCAGAUGGGCUACAACCUGAGCCCCCAGUUCAGCCAGCUGCUGCUGGCCCGCUACGGCCAGCGCUGCCCCAAUCCCAGCAUCCAGCUGGACCGGUUCAUCCACAUCUGCAUGCAGCUGCAGAGCCUCACCGACGCCUUCCGGGAGAAGGACACGGCGCUGGCGGGGAACGUGCGGCUCAGCUACGAGGAUUUCCUCACCAUGGUGGUGACCCGCAUGCUGUGACACCCCCUCCCGGGGCUGGCAGCUCUCCGGGAGCCACAGCCAUCCCCAUCCUGCCUCUGGGAUGUGGUGGAGCCCCUCCCCGAGAGCUCCCCCGGGGCCAAAUUUCCAGCCUGUUCCACCCGAGGAGCCCCGAGCGCUGCUGGGGCUCUCCUGGCUUUGAUUCCUUGUCCCCAUUCCAUGGGGUCUCCACGCCAGGCUGGACGUGGUGGGACAGCCAAACCAGUAGCCCGUGCCAUGGUGCCCAGGGAGUGCUUAGAUCCCUUGCCAGACCCAAAUUCCAACCUCAUCCCUCUGCUCCGUGGGGUGUCUGCAGCGGAACACCCUUAUUUUGGGGGUGAAGAGCUGAGCCUUGGUUUGGAAGCAGCAGGAAGGGGACAGGUGAGGACAAAGCUUGUCCUUCCUUCCCUUCACCGACUGCCCUGGGAGCACAUCCAGCCCCUGGGCCGUGCUGGGAAUGCUUUCCUGGGGGUCUGAGCUGGAAUGGGAUGUGCUGCUGCAGCUACACGGGAUCGUCCACCCCCCCACACACACCCAGUUGCCAAUUUGUCUCUGCUGAAGCCAAAUUCAGACACGGUUUAGAGCUUGUUUUUUUUCCAGCUUUGGAAUAAAAGGCGACGUGCA